AAUACAGGGAGACGAUGCACGGCCAGCAAGUAGCCUAAACAUAUGCCUCUGCCUCUGCUGGACACCAGGCUUACAGGAUCCACCACACCAUGAAAGGUCUAAGGACCAUCACAAUAACUUAUUUCCUCACGCUUUUACUGCUGGGGACGUUUAUCUCACAGUCAUGGAGUGCCCCAAAGGGCUCUUUCCAGCGGAGGAACUGGAGCCCGCAGGCAAUGCUGUACCUCAAGGGCACUCAGGGCCGAAGGUUCAUCUCAGAAAACCGAAAAGAAGGAGACGUUUAUGACACAUUACACUUAGAGACCCGCAGUCAGAACACAGAGAAGCUAAGUAUGGACCAGGCUGCCGCCGUCCUGCUCCACUUCCUGCAGCAAGCUAGAGAGGGAGGUGAGGUGUAUUUCCAGGAGGUGCCGGUGUGGAAGAGAGAAUACUUCUGAUAUGCCUUACAUACAUUUCUAGAGCUCUUCUCGUUCUCAUUGUUUGCUGUUGGGUUCGGUGUAAGAGAGAGGAACAACUGUUCUGUAAACAUUAUUAAAUAUGAAAUGUGGCGGUUUAAUAAAAGAGUUCUCAGCACUA